AUGGUUUGGUGCCUUGAAGAAAUUCUACACAUUGAGGAGCGAAAUCUAUUAGCUGGCCAUUUAGCUCUUAUUUUAGAACAGUAUGAUGCUGCAGAACGUCUAUUUUUACAAUCUAGCAAACCCAAGGAAGCACUUAAUAUGAGACGAGAUCUUCUUCAUUGGGAUAAAGCUUUGAAAUUAGCGAAUCGAUUCGCUCCAGAUAAAAUACCAAAUAUUUCGAAAGAAUAUGCAGUUCAACUUGAAUUCAUCGGUGAAUACACUACAGCGUUAACUUAUUAUGAAAGUGGUCUUAUUGAGAAUGUCGAGAAUCUAACUGAAGAAUUAUGGGAUCACAAUGAAUUAUGCAAGUCAGGGAUUGCUCGAAUGAGUAUACGAAUCGGAGAUAUUAGGAGAGGUUUGCAAAUUGCUAGCGAAUUGCAAAGUAAAGCAGUUAAACGAGACUGUGCAAUGAUCUUAGAACAAAUGAAGCAAUAUAAUGAAGCAGCACACCUAUAUGAACUUGGUGGAUUUUACGAUAGAGCUGCUGCAGUUUGUUUAAAAGCAAAAAAUUGGACAAAAGUGGGCAAUCUUUUGCCUCAUGUUCGUUCGUCCAAAAUUUAUUCGCAAUAUGGUAAAAUUAUGGAAGGAGAGAAAAAAUAUAAAAAAGCUGCUUUGGCAUACAAAAAUGCUAGAGAUUACGAUAAUUUGGUUCGGAUUCUUCUCAAUCAUUUGGAUUCUCCAGAAGAAGCUGUGAAGGCAGUGAAAAGUAGCAGGAGUACUGAAGGUGCGAAACUUGUCGCCAAAUUUUUUUCGAAACUUGGAGAUCAUGCAUCAGCUAUACAAUUUUUGGUGCUUUCACAAUGUCAUCAGGAAGCAUUUCAAUUAGCAGAAACUGAACAAAAAAUGGACGUCUACGCUGAAGCUAUCGAUGACUGUGGUACAACGAGGCAAUAUAUCCAGUUGGCUGAUUCUUAUGCUGCUGCACAAAAUAAUACUCAAGCUGGCAAAUUUUAUUUCAAAGCUGCUCAGUACAAAACGGCUCUUCAACAUCUAUUGAUAAAUGGCGAAGAUUUAGUUGCGAUGAAGAUUGCUAUUGAAUGUGUUGCUGAAGCUGGAGACCCAGAAUUAUCCAGGCAAUUAAUCGAUUUUCUCCUCGGUGAGAUCGAUGGAGUACCAAAGGAUGCGAAAUUAUUAUUUCGCUAUUAUAUAGCUAUGAAAAUGAAUAAAGAAGCAGCAAAAAUAGCAAUAAUAAUCGCGAGGGAAGAACAAAAUCGUGGAGCUUAUCGAAUGGCUCAUCGACUUCUUUUUGAAAUGCAGCAGGAACUUAUUCAUGAAAAAAUGAAAAUCCCUGCUGAACUGGAUAGCAAUUUGAUGCUUCUCCAUAGUUACCUUAUCAUUAAGAAUUUGGUGAAACGACGAGAAGACAAACGUGCUGCUCGCUUACUGAUGAGAGUCGCAGACAAUAUUAGUUUAUUUCCUUCUCAUUCGAUACAAAUUUUAACUUCUGCAGUUAUUGAAUGCUCAAAAGCAGGCAUUGAAAAUUUUGCAUUCAAAUAUGCUGCACAGCUCCUCAAACCGGAAAAUAGAAAAAAGAUCGAUGAAAAAUAUCGGAAAAAGAUUGAAGCUGUUGUUAGAAAAUCCGACAAAACGGUGACGAAAGAAGAUAUCAAAACUGCCUGUCCAUUUUGCGAUUAUGACACAGAAGAAUAUAAGCUGACGUGCAGCUCAUGCAAAAACCUCAUCCCUUAUUGCAUUAUUACGGGUCGACAUAUAGUAAAUGGCGAUUUCGCAGUUUGUCCUUCCUGCAAUUUUCCAGGAUAUUUUUCUGAAUUUAUAAAGUUGCGCGAUCUCGAUGAAAAAUGUCCUAUGUGUAAUGGCAAUCUUGGGCAAGUCGUGAUGUCUUCUUCAGAAGAUUACCUCAAGCAGAAAUCCGAAAGAAUCAAGUGA